GAUGAUGAUUAAACAAUGCAAAGAAGCUAGUUGAGUUGUGUCGUGUCGGGGUUCCAUUCCAAAUAGUAUUUCAUUCAUCUCAACAAGUUGUUAGAUAGAUUGAACUCAUUUUCAUUUUAUUAAGUCAAUGGCGCUGGAAGAAGAAAAGGAAAUAAUUUUCAGGUCGAAGCUUCCAGAUAUAUACAUCCCAAACCACCUUCCCCUCCAUUGUUAUUGUUUUGAGAACCUCUCAGAAUAUGGUUCACGUACUUGUCUCAUUAAUGCACCCACCGGAACACACUACACCUAUUCCGACGUACAACUCACCUCUCGUAGAGUAGCCUCCGGUCUCCACAAUUUGGGAGUCCAACAAGGUGACGUCAUCAUGAUCCUCCUCCCCAAUUCCCCUGAAUUUGUCUUCUCCUUUCUUGCCGCUUCUUAUCUAGGUGCCAUAGCCACCGCCGCCAAUCCCUUCUUCACGGCGGCAGAAAUUGGUAAGCAAGUAAAAGCCUCCAACGCCAAGUUGCUGAUAACACAAGCAUGUUACUACCAAAAAGUGAAGGCGUUGUUGAAGGUGGAGAGUGAGGAUGAUGAUGUGAUAAAUAAUAAUAAUAAUAAUAAGAAGAAGAAGAAGAAGGUGGUGUUGGUAGACUCUCUCUCUAACGUGGAUGAUGAUGAUGACGACGACGAUGUUGAGGUGCAUUAUUUCUCAAGUGUAAGCGAGGGUGACGAGAAUGAAGUGGGAGAAGUGAAGAUAGAAGGUGAUGACGUGGUGGCUCUUCCGUAUUCAUCAGGAACAACAGGUCUACCAAAAGGUGUGAUGUUAACACACAAAGGAUUGGUGAGUAGCAUAGCACAGCAGGUGGAUGGAGAGAAUCCAAAUCUAUAUUACACAUGCGAUGAUGUCAUACUCUGUGUGCUUCCUCUGUUUCACAUUUACUCUCUCAACUCUGUUUUGCUAUGUGGACUUAGAGCCAAAUCUACCAUUCUUCUCAUGCCAAAAUUCGAAAUCAAUGCCUUCCUUACUCUCGUUCACAAACAUCGAGUCACUGUUGCACCUGUUGUUCCACCCAUUGUAUUGGCAAUUGCUAAAUCACCAGAUCUUCAAAACUAUGAUCUCUCUUCAAUUAGAAUAUUGAAAUCCGGGGGUGCUCCACUUGGUAAAGAACUCGAACAUACUGUAAGGGCCAAAUUCCCCAACGCAAUUCUUGGACAGGGAUAUGGAAUGACUGAGGCAGGGCCAGUGCUAACAAUGAGCUUAGCGUUUGCAAAAGAAGCUGUGAAUGUAAAAGCAGGUGCAUGUGGAACAGUUGUAAGAAAUGCAGAGAUGAAAAUUGUGGACCCAGAAACCGGUCAUUCUUUACCUCGAAACCAAUCCGGUGAAAUCUGCAUAAGAGGCCACCAGAUCAUGAAAGGUUAUCUAAAUGAUCGAGAGGCUACAGAGAGAACAAUAGACAAAGAAGGUUGGUUGCAUACAGGUGAUAUUGGAUAUAUCGACGAAGACGAUGAACUAUUCAUUGUUGAUAGAUUGAAGGAAUUGAUUAAAUACAAAGGAUUUCAAGUGGCUCCAGCUGAACUCGAAGCUCUUCUUCUUUCACAUCCCAAAAUAUCUGAUGCUGCUGUUGUUCCAAUGAAGGAUGAAGCGGCUGGAGAGGUGCCUGUUGCAUUUGUGGUGAGAUCAAAUGGUUACACUGACUUAACCGAGGAUCAAAUUAAACAAUUUAUUUCCAAACAGGUCGUGUUUUACAAAAGAAUAAAUCAAGUAUUCUUCAUUGAUGCCAUUCCCAAGUCACCGUCUGGCAAAAUCUUGCGCAAGGAUCUCAGAGCAAAGUUAGCAGCACCUCUUCCAAAUUGAAACAUUCACAAAACCUUCAACAAACGUUUCAAAGGGAACAACGUUCGUGCUUUCACGCAUAUUCAUUCAUACCAUAUGUAGAAUUUGUCUUGUGUCAAUGGUGUAAAAAUUAAUGCAAGAAGGUGAUCAUAAUAAAGAAUAUAUAACAAUUGUUAGUAUUGUAAGUAGAAAAUCUACGUGUGUAUCCGAUUAAAUUUUAAGUUUUUAUAUCCAUGUAUAUGAAAUUCAAAUAGAUAUAUCGACGAAUUUCUUCUAAAUAUUUUAAAAAUAUUAAAGAGAAUUGCAAUA